CUAUUUGAUCCUUGCGCCAUUCCGUAGUCUAUUCUCCGUUCUGGGUGGCUGCAAUGGCGGACGUGUCUGAAAGGACACUUCAGGUUUCAGUGCUAGUGGCUUUCGCCUCUGGAGUGGUCCUGGGCUGGCAGGCGAAUCGGCUGCGGAGACGUUACCUGGACUGGAGGAAGCGGAGGCUUCAGGACAAACUGGCGAUGACUCAGAAGAAGCUGGACCUGGCUUGAGCGCGCGCCGCGGCCCGAGCCCGCCGGGUCGUCACUCCUCAAGCCCCACGCGGCCCGGAUUGGCUUAUCGAAGAUGGAUAUGAAGCACUGGAAAGAAAUAAUUUCAUCUUGCACUUUAUGAAUCUAUUUUUAAAAUAAAAAGAUGUAAAUAUCUUUGAAUCUUUUCCCUCCUCACAAAGGAAAGGAGUAUUUUGCCUACCGUUCAGUUCCUGCAGCAAGAGAUCUGGAUCCUGAAAGCAGAGGCCUUAUGCAAUCGUUCACAUCCUUGGGACAACCUGGAGUCAGAUUUCUUCUGGGGACCAUUGUGGGUCCUUUUUCUAGAUAUCUUAAGAAAAGAUAGGCGCUGUGGCAAAUGACUGAAGUAAACAUUAUAGAUGUAAGAUAUUUGCACUUUGAAGAAUGAAAGUUUACUGCAAGUGCUGAGUGUAAAUAUUUCUUAUGUGUUAACAUGGAAAUGUACAUGUGAAAGAGAAACCUUUGAGUAGAGCUUAAAGAUAAAUGCCAGUCAUAUCAAGUGA